AUGGAGCCUCAACGACAUUCAAUUUUCAAAACUAAAUGUACUAUCAACAAGAAGGUGUGUGAGGUGAUUAUAGACAGCGGGAGCAGCGAGAACAUAGUGUCCAAGUCCUUGGUUAAAGCCUUGAAGCUUCCUACUAUGAGUCACCCGAAUCCUUACAAGGUGGGUUGGAUAAAAAAAGGCAUCGAAACUAAGGUCACUGAGCUGUGUAAAGUUCAUUUCAGUAUAGGAAAACAUUAUGCCGAUGAGGUUGUCUGUGAUGUUGUGGAGAUGGACGCAUGUCACAUUCUCUUAGGCCGACCUUGGCAGUUCGACAACUCCGUAUCGCAUGAUGGUCGACAAAACACACAUUCGUUCCAAUGGAAUGGGAAGAAAAUUGUCCUACUCCCUUCCAAGCCCCAAAAUGAUCCUACUUUACUGCCCACAUCUGGAGUACCACCAGAACAACUUUCGGGAAAGAGUCCUAUACUUUUAACAACCUCUGGAAAACAUUUUGAACUUCAAGCUAAACACUCACAGAUUUGUUUCGGUAUUGUAGCUUCAAUUCAAGCCCCUGCAGAUUCUCAGUUUCCACAACCCAUUCAACAACUUCUUCAAGAAUUUGCUGAAAUCUGUCCAAGUGAACUUCCGGAUUCUCUACCACCCAUGAGAGACAUCCAACAUGCUAUUGACUUGCUACCCGGGGCCAAACUUCCUAAUCUUCCUCACUACUGA